AUGUCGCACAAGGCUGCAGUCCUGACCAAAGUCGGUGCUCCCCUAGAGGACGUGACGGUUCCCACGCCUAAGCUCGGGGAGGACGAGGUCCUGGUCGAAGUACAGUACAUCUGCCUGUCUCCUCUAGACAUCUGGCGCUCAAAGCAAGGCCUGCUCACCGAGACUCCCAAGAUUCUCGGAGGCGCAUUCUCGGGUCGUGUUGCUGCGCUUGGGCCAAAGGUAGUAGACAGGCACGAUCUCGCUGUUGGAGUCGCUGUCUCGUGCUUUUCUGGGCAUCUCGGCAUAGGUGCACACCAGCAGUAUGUCGUGGUUCCUUGGUGGUGCCUCUCGAAGCUCGAGGAAAAGGCCGACCUUGCAGCAGCCUCAACGAUCAACGACAACCUCGUCACAGCUGUCUGGUCGCUGACCCAUGGCGGCAUCAGGCUGCCCCUCUUUGAUUUUCGAGCAGGAGACAGGCUCAAGCCCAUCCUCGUGUGGGGCGGAUCAUCCUCUGUUGGCCAAAAUGCCCUCCAGCUGCUCAAGCUGCAAGGAUACGAAAGAGUCUACACGACCUCGUCGCAGCGCCAUGUGGCCCGAAUGAAGAGUUUAGGCGCGUUCGACGUCAUCGACUACAAUAGCGCCGACGCUUCGACCUUGCUCAUGGCUGCUACAGACGGCAAGGGAUUCGAAGCUGUGCUAGAUUGCAUUGGAGACGUCGACGCUUCGCUGCAGCCGUCGCUGAGGCUUGUCAGGCCGGGCGGCAUCGUCGCAGCAAUGUUGCCCUACGUCAGGCGCACCGGCGGUGCCGGCGCCGGCGCCGGCUCCCAAGCUGUAUUCAUGGACGUGGCGGAAAUCCCUCUCAAGGUGCCCGAAGGCGUGACAUUGAUCGGCGUGCGCACACAUCAAUACCACCAUGACGAAGAAUACAAGCUCACGGUGCAGCCCGAGAUGGUUCCCCGUUUUGCUUUCUCAGGCAUGCCAUAUCGGCUCGUCGGCCAAAAGGAUUCCAAGACCUCGCUCGCUGAACGGCUCAACGAGGCUCUCGAAACCCUCAAUGCUGGUGUCAGCGGGGAACGAAUUGUGGUAGCAGUCCCUUGA